UGUGGUGGUAAACGCGCGCGUGAGUGGUGCCUGACAGAGAUGGAGGAGGGGCGUCUGAGCUCCGAGCAGCGCGCGGACUGACAGUUGGAGAGGCUGCACGGGGGACCACAGCACGCGCUCCCAACACCGCAUCCAUAAGUCAUCUGUGUACAUUUAUGUCCACGAGACGUUAUUAAAAACCUGUCAGUGUUACUCUACAAUAAAGAAAAAGAGUGGAGCUUCUAACCUGAUGCUCCCUUACAUCCCGAAACCUGGUGUGAUCAUCGAUGACCUUUGUUGCUGACCUCAUCCUGUUUUCCUUCUGCUCAUCCUUUCUAUCCCUCUCCUCCCCUUUCUUAAACUCCCUUCCCCUCCCCCUCUGUGUCUCCCAGCACUGGGUUUAUUACUCAAACCCACUGAAGGGAGCAACACAGUAGCUGGCAAAGGAUGAAGCAGGUCUGCCUGCCAACAGCAGACCGAGGAUAGAAGACACAAAAGGACUAGCGAAGGGGAGAGAAUCAGAGAAAAAGAGAGAGACAGAGAGGACACUAGUGGGGAGAGCUACAACGAAGCUGUGAGAGGAGCAACAACAGCAUUCAGAUGCCACGCUGUACGAAAAACACAAGUUUCACUUGAGCAUCAUGAGCUAGCAAGGGGGCCCUAACGGAUCUAGAACUGUGGACAUCUUAACAAACUUCUGCCCUUCCCUGCACACACACUCACAAAAGUUGUGGAGACACACACUCCUGCUCUCUGGGGCUCCUUGUUAACACCUGAUAUGCCUCUGUCAGAAGUGUGAGCCAUGCCAGCCAAAGGGAAGUACCUGUUGAACGACCUGGAGCCGAAAAAUGAGGCACUAUAUCGAAAAUUCUCUUGCAUCAGCCAGUAUCAGCCGCUGGUGCUCCUGCUGGGCCUCUCCAUGCUCGCCUGUGGAAUCCUCCUCAUCCUCUUCUUUGCCCUUCAACUGAGCGCACAGAAACACUGUGCCUUUGUGAGCGUGGUGAGCGGCAGCCUGUGUGUGUUUCUGGCCGUGUUUGUGCUGGUGUGUACAGAGAUGCUCUCACAGAGAUGGAGGCGUCUUCUGGGCCUGAUUGUGUGGGCCACACACCUCACCAUGGGCUACACCUUCAUCUUCAGCAGCUCCGUCAUCCUGCCUUGGGACCAGGUGCCUUUUUUCCUCUUCAUCAUCUUCACCGUGUACACCAUGCUGCCAUUCCAGUUGUGGUAUGCUGUAGUGCUCAGCGUUAUUACCUCAUUGUCCCACAUCAUGGUUCUCACUCUGCGACUCACCGUUUAUAGAGAGACCAUUGAUAGAGAUGUGAUCCUUACUGGCCUUGCCAAACAGCUGCUGUCAAAUGCAGUGGUGUUUCUCUGUGGUAGUGUGGUGGGAGCCUUUCAUAAAGUCCUGAUGGAGAAAACCCUGAGGCAGACCUUUCAAGACACCUUGAGGUGCCUCAGUAUGCGUAUGAAGCUGGAGAUAGAAAAGAGACAACAGGAAAACCUGCUGCAGUCUGUGCUGCCAGUCUACAUCUCCAUGAAGAUGAAGCUGGCAAUCAUGGAGCGCUUGCAAGACUGUAAAGACAAAGAAGAGCAGCAGAGACUUGUCAAAGAUAACAACUUCCACAGUCUUUAUGUCAAGAGGCACGAGAAUGUCAGUAUUCUCUAUGCUGACAUUGUUGGCUUCACCCGAUUGGCCAGUGACUGUUCUCCCAAAGAGCUGGUCAUCAUGCUCAAUGAAUUGUUUGGCAAGUUUGACCAAAUUGCCAAGGAAAACGAAUGCAUGAGAAUCAAGAUCCUCGGAGAUUGCUACUAUUGUGUGUCAGGGCUGCCGGUCUCUCUGCCUAAACAUGCCAAGAACUGCGUCAAAAUGGGCCUGGACAUGUGUGAAGCCAUCAAGCAGGUACGGGAGGCCACAGGUGUGGAAAUAAACAUGAGAGUUGGCGUGCACUCUGGCAAUGUGCUCUGUGGUGUGAUUGGCCUUCGCAAGUGGCAGUUUGAUGUGUGGUCACAUGAUGUUACACUGGCCAAUCACAUGGAGUCAGGAGGCCUUCCAGGGCGUGUCCACAUCACAGAGGCGACGCUAAAGCACCUGAACAAGGCUUACGAAGUUGAAGAGGGCAACGGCCACCUCAGAGACCCCUACCUAAAAGAGGUCAAUGUCCAAACGUACCUGGUCAUCGAUCCACGGUCUAAGGAUCCGUCAUCAAACACCCGUAACGCUCCUAAACCUCGGGUGAACGAUGGUCUGAAGAUGCGGGCAUCUGUGCGUAUGACCCGUUACCUGGAGUCUUGGGGGGCCGUCAAACCUUUUGCACACCUUCAGAGCCGAGAGGGCUUCACAGCAGACACCAUUGUCAACGGCAUGUCACGCUUCAAGGAUAUCCCUCUACGACCAACUCCCAGCUCCAAUAUAACUGACAGCUUUGAUGAAUCUGUAGAAGAACCACUCUCCUUGCCUACCCCUCCGUUCAGCAGUUCUAAGAACAAAUCCCAGAUUAAGUUUAAUGAGGAGCUGCACAAUGAGAUGACUACAACCAUAGAUGAGCUCAGCAGCAAGCAGUGGUCAAAGUCUGAAGAGAGUAGCAGUUUAGCUCUGUGGUUUCCAAAAAAAGAUUUGGAAAAACAGUACCGUUCCCUGGAUUUGCCGAUGUUCAAACAUUAUGUUGGCUGUGCCACCUUCAUCUUCCUCUCCAUCUUUGUGGUCCAGAUGUUUGUCACAAAGGAUCAACAGAUGUUGGGCAUGUCAUUUGGAGUAUUGGCCUGUGUACUGCUACUGACUCUGGCCAUCUGUUACGCAGGUCACUUACAGCGCCUGUUUCCAGAGAAGCUGUCGAGCUGCCAGUGGCUGCCAGUCGUUUCAGAGGCAGUGGUAAAGCGGCCAUGUGUGCGCCUCGCUCUGGCCACCAUCACCACUGCGGUCAUCGUUGUCUUGGCCGUUUUCAACCUGUGCUUCGUCCAGACAGGUGUGACUGAUUGUUCCGGUGAUGCUGACCACCUUUCUACAAAUAAUUCCCUUGAUAAUAAUUCCCUUGAACAAGAAUUAGGAGAUCUCUACUACCUGCCUUACUCCGUCUACUGCUGUAUCCUGUCGCUCAUUGCAUGUGGAGUCUUCCUACGGGUGAGCUUUGAACUCAAAGUGCUCUUCCUCACCGUGGCCUCUGCAUCAUAUUACAUCAUCAUCCUCAGCACCAAGAGGGUACUCUUCGUGGUCUACGGAAACCUCUGCUCUAACCUCUCUAACCCCUGGAACUGCAGCAGAGAAGAUGAAUCCAACCUGGAAUUUCUAGGGCUGGUGAAACACCCUCAGGUGAUGAGCUGCAUAUAUAUCACCCUGUUCCUGGUCACCAUGCUCAUCAUUGCACAGCAGAACGAGGCCUGCUUCCGUCAGGACUUCCUGCUUAAGUACAAAAACCGCACAGAGCAGGACGAGAUCGAGACUAGGGAGAACCUGAACCGCCUGCUGCUGGAGAACGUGCUGCCGGCCCACGUAGCAGGGCUGUUUGUCGGGGAAAACAAAAAGAACGAGGACCUCUACUACAAGUCCUAUGACUGUGUGUGUGUGAUGUUCGCCUCGGUGCCGGAUUUCAAAGAAUUUUACACCGAGUGUGAUAUCAACAAGGAGGGCCUGGAAUGUCUGAGGCUCCUGAACGAGAUCAUUGCUGACUUUGACGAGCUGCUGUCCAAGCCAAAGUUCAGCGGUGUGGAGAAGAUCAAGACAAUUGGCAGCACUUACAUGGCGGCUGCAGGGCUCAGUGGGAUGCUCGGUCAGGAGAACAAUCAGGACAAAGACAGGCAGCAGGCCCAGAUAGGGAUCAUGGUGGAGUUUGCCAUCGCUCUGAUCGGCAAGUUGGAUGGCAUCAACAGACAUUCCUUCAACAGCUUCAGGCUGCGUGUGGGCAUUAAUCACGGCCCAGUGAUAGCCGGAGUGAUCGGAGCGAGGAAACCUCAGUAUGACAUCUGGGGCAACACGGUUAAUGUAGCCAGCAGGAUGGAGAGCACCGGGGAGCUCGGAAAGAUUCAGGUCACAGAGGAAACGUUCGACGUGCUGAAAAAGCUCGGCUACUCGUGCGAGUGUCGAGGAUUCAUCAACGUGAAGGGCAAAGGGGAGCUGAAAACCUUCUUUGUGUGUACUGACAUGAGCAAGCAGCAGGGCAUGGGGCUGAGCUGAGGCUAGGCCACCACAGCCCGCAGAACUGGAUACAGACAUGUACACAAGUCAAGAGUUUAUAGACUCCUGUAUGCCACGCCAGUGUUGAGCCAGUGCUGACUGGCUGUGUUCCUGUGAUGUUGCUGCAUAUUAAGGACUUAAGACGAAGCGCUGCCUUGCUGCGUGGUGGAUGUCACAAUGAAUCAACAGUUUCUACUCUGGACCCUGUAGGACAGAUCAGGAUGGUGGGGAGAUGGUCAAUACGUUCAAUUACCAUCUUUUUCUAUUCAUAAACACAUUUACGUCCAGUGGUCAGUCACUUUGUAUUUUUUUUUUUCUUGUCUUUAACUUAGAUGUGGUUUGUGAUAGAAAAAAAGUAUAUUGUACUAAUGCCAAAUACAGCUGUGUAAUUUUUGAAGACCUCUUUGGUCCUUUAAAAAAACAAACAAAAAACAAUGGAUUCUGUUUGGAUCCUAAUUUGAAACCCAUCUGGUUUUCCUGUUUGAGAAGAGACGUGCACACUGCUCCAUUACUGUGUAAUGAGCAUGAUGUGUGAGCUGUUUCAAUAUCAUAAAAACAGACUGUACAGAAGCUAAACACAGAGAAACUUUCUUUAGGACAUAUUCACAUAACAAAAAAUAGUCUUACUUUUCUGGCCAUGCUGCAAAUCUUUAAGCUACUGUAUCCUCAACAUCUUUGAUGACCCUUUAACUUUAGAUUCAGGUGUAACAAACCCAUCUUUUAGAUUCCACCUGUGUAGCUUGGCCAGGGUAAUAACGGUUUAAUAUUUCAUAUAUGACAAGAUCUUUGCUCCAGGAGAGAAAUGGACAGAUCCAUGUGCUGUAUGUAUGUGUUGCUGCUUGUCUGCAUAUAUGCUGCAAUGAUGGGAAACCUGUGACGCCGUCAUUGGUGACCUGGGAGUCCGUGUGAUCUAACCACCUGCCUGCUGUGAAUGUUUUUCUGGCUCUAGCUCAGAUGAUCGCCUGAACUGAUCAGGAUCGCUCUCUGAAAACUUGAUUUGUCUUGUGGCCAUCAUCUUGUCUGUACUUGUGGUUACAUAAUAAUAAUAAUAAUGAUAAUAAUAAUAAUAAUAUAUUGGCCUUUAUGUGAACAAAUGUGACAUUGAAUUUUGUACAGUUACAGAAUGUAAUAAAUGUUUUCAUAAGUC